UAGCAAUGACGACAAGCUUAUCGAUGAAUCUUCAAGGGUCCCUCUAAAGUCUUGAUCGUAGGCUUCUCGAAUUCCUGUUCGGCCCACUCUAACAAGUGGACGAUGCUCUCAGGUGCUCUCCAAUUCUUCAUCGCUUUCUUCAACUUGAAGAACAGGCAUUGACCCACCAUUCCUAUUGAAGGGGUCCAGAACCCUCCCCGCCGUACUUUUAUUAACGAAGUAUGGUCAACCCCAGCUCUAAAGGAUUGAACGAUUUAUAGUGGUGCCAUCGUUUGGCAACAACACCACGCUUGCAGCACACCUAACACCUCGUCCUUCCUGUUCCAUGCCUUGUGACGCCCGCCAAUUUCUCACUAACGAAUACUUGUCCUGCAGAACCAUCCACCAAUUCAACCCGUCCAUCCAUCUCGAACAGGCUAUCCCCCAACCGCUCAGGGCAGGCUACUCCACUCAUCACCACGUUCAACAGCGUCUUCCCAUUCUCGUCGGCCCCAUCAGGCGGCAUUGACGUCACUACCAGCUGCUGGUUCGACUACACGUCAAGUCGUGACCCUGAAAGCUGAGGAAGCAUUGUCAAAGUCGUACGGAGACGAGGGGUAGCAGUGCAGCACUCCGGGUUAGUAGAAUCUAGAGGCACACAUAUUGGCAUCACCUGCUGCGGCUUAUUUCACUUCCUGGUAAGUGAUUGACACUUUCUCUCGGUUUCUUGAUACUGUCAUGCAUAUAUAUCUCCAAGACUGGAGAGAUCAUCCUCGGCCCAGAGUCCCUUUACUACGUCCUCAUCCGAACGUGAAAUCGGCUUCCCAGUUCUCUGAUUCAUGCCUGUUUUUGUCAUAGGUCAAUUGCACUACUGUUCCCAUUCACCUUGACAUAUCUGCCCCCAUAUAAAGUCGUUCUCGUCCGCUUUCUGACACCUUCUGCUGUAACAUCAUCUUUCACAUUUCUUCCAAGCAGGGCAUAUAGAAGGGAACUCGAACUAGCAACUUGUAUUAACACUGUUCGUAAUGGAAACACAGGUUCAAACAGCAACCCAUCAACACGACCCUUGGGCUGCCACCCAUCAGGUCAUUCUUCAAUCAGCCACCAUGGAUCCUAAGCAACGUUUCUAUAACCAUUUCCUGGAGAGUGUUACAGUACUCCAAGACCUGAUCGAUGAGCUACCAUCCAUUGCUAGUGUCGGUGGCGAGCGCCAGGAGGCCAUUGAUCACAUUCUAGCCAGUAUCGCCAAGCUACAAAACGAAGUGUCAGAUGCUGCCGACUACACACCUUCUUAUGAUAGAAAACAGUAUUCUGAGACCAUUAAGACUCUCCAGGACAAACUGAACGAGACACUCACCAAAAUCACACCAAAGUCGAAGUUUCAGUUUCGUCGUAAGACCGACCACGUUGAUAUGGGCGCUCCUGAGAACGACCCUCGACUUAGCCCUGGAAGUCAUUCUCGGGCCAAGCAUGACACGGCCAUUGCAUCUACCAUCGCCAGUCCUCCUUCGGUGAGAAAGGAAGACACUCUCAGCGAAUUACCGUCCAAGGAUACGUACAAAAAUUAUAACGAAGAGAUGGCUCGACCCAGCGCAUCUUCCCUUCGUAAGCCCAGCUUCUCGGCAGCCAAGAAUAUUAGCAUUUCGAAUCAUUCAGGGCUACAUAUUAUUCUACCGUCUUCGGCGUCCCGUGCCACCUCUUCGGGCAGCCUCACUGAUCUCAAGAAUUGUAUCAUCGAUAUGUCUAUUCCGACAUCCUCGGGCUCAGCUUUCCCUGGCCUCGCUAUUAAGAACGUGUCCAAGAGCCUCAUCGUCGCGGGUCGCGUCAACGGCGCAGUCCAUAUCACAGGAGUGUCUGACAGCACGAUAGUUGUUGUGGCCAGGCAAGUGCGGAUUCAUGAGUGCAGUAACGUUGACAUCUACUUGCAUUGUGGCAGUCAUCCUAUUAUUGAGGACUGCUCUGGCAUGCGAUUUUCACCGCUGCCCAAGGCCUAUAUGACGGACGCUGAGGAGCCUGAAGAAAACCAGUGGGAUCAGGUCGAUGACUUUAAGUGGCUCAAGGCUGGUCACAGUCCUAAUUGGACCACUCUGUCCGAAAACGAGAGGCUCAGUGAUGACCUUUGGAGAUUUGUCGUCCCUGGCCAACCUGGUGUCAGCGUGGAGGAGUCCUUAAAAAAGCUGGGUAUUCCACGGAGGUGAUGACCAUGAUGAAUAGUUAAAGGAUGGCAUUCAUACCCAGCCGUAGGCUUCAUAUCCGCAGAUUAUGUAGAACGCAACGCGCAAAUGUAAAUCUUUUUAUUUAACGCGAAACUCCAAACACCCUGCUGAUAAAUCAAGAUGACAACCUCGCUAAAAAGAAAUAGUCUAAUCCCAAG